ACGUCAUCGACCCGCGCCGGCGUUGUCGCUCACUUCCCUCCACACCUCCGACAAGGAGCCUCGCGGGGCACCUUUCAACAGGACAUCAUGGCUGGGCCUCUGAGAUGCCUCUGGCAGUUGCCUUCCCUACUGCGUUACUCCACUUUGGGGGCUGCAAGGCCAUCCCUGCAGGCCCCUCUGAGGGGCCUUUUGCUGCAUGGCUGCCUGGAUAACGGGGCCCACCCUCAGAUGGUGCAGGCCAGGCACCUCGCUACCAAGAAAGCCAAAGCUAAAGGGAAAGGCCAGACACGGGUGAACAUCAACACUUCUCUUGUUGAGGAGAUCAUUGGCUUGGAUGAGGUGAAUGAGGAAAUGCGUUCUGUGGUCAAAACUCUGCAGGAGGAAUUCAGCAAAAACUUGAGCAUCCGCACCUCGCCAGGGGCUCUGGACCACAUCACUGUUGCAACUAAGGAUGGGAAGUUGCCCUUAAGCCAGCUGGGGCAGAUCUCCCUGAAAUCCCCGCAGCUCAUCCUUGUCAACAUGAGCAGCUUCCCAGAGAGCGCAGCUGCAGCUAUCAAGGCGAUCCGAGAGAGCGGAAUGAACCUGAACCCGGAAGCAGAUGGCCUGAUCAUUCGCGUGCCUGUUCCUAUGGUCACCCGCGAACACAGAGAGAAUUUGGUCACUGUGGCAAAGCAGCUCACAAACAGAGCAAAGGAGUCCCUGAGGAGAGUUCGCACCGAGGCCAUCAGCCAGACAAGGAAGGCCAAAAGCUCCGUGUCAGAGGAUACCAUCCGGUUGGUAGAGAAACAGAUCCAGCAAAUGGCAGAAGACACAGUAGCCGAAAUGGAGAAGCUGUUGGCAGCAAAGACAAAAGAGCUGCUUGGUUAGCCUGCUUAUGGGAGAUUUCAAGCCACCUGUCACCCUGCGGAGUUUUCUGCCCAUCACUGGACCUGUGUGGGUGCAGCAUUUUGGCUUCCAUCAUGUGCGAGGCUCUUUGGAUCGAGGCUGGAUAUACGAUCAUUCCCGCUGCCCUCCCUAUGACUCUGGCAUUGGCCAGGAAAAUUGUGUUGGCAACUUCGAGGACAACUGGGGCUGAUGAAAUUAAUACGGAGAAGGUUGCAGCCCCACUAAAACCUGGUUGACAUAACCACAUUGAGUGGUGUUUCUUGGCAAGAGAGAGAGAGAGCGUGCCUGAUCAAGGGAUUAUUUUUCCCUGGGAGCAAUCACAUUUUGGAUUGUCAAUGACUGCUCUGGCCAUUUCCACUUGCUUGCAAACUUCGUCAGAGUGGGAGGAGGCAAGGAGGCAGCAGAGGCCAGGCAUCUUCACGAUCUCGCUGGGAAUCUUGUACAUUAGGCUAAAUAAAGCAUCCCAGGAGUU